AUGCCAUUGAAAGAUAAAUCAAAAAAAAAUCAAUUCGAAGAUGUUCAACAGAUUGAUGAUGAUGGAUAUGAAUAUGUUACAAUACCACCUGAUGGAGGUUACGGUUGGAUUGUUGCUUUAGCUGCAAUGCUUUGUAAUCUUGUUUGUGAUGGUACAUUAUUUGCUUUUGGUACUAUGAAACUACAUUUACAAAAACAUUUUCAAUGUUCUGACAUGCUUAUUCUUAUGGUUGGAUCUGUUCCUUGUGGUGUUUAUUUAUUAGUUGGUCCAAUAGUAUCAGGUCUAGCUAAUAGAUAUGGUUGUCGACGAAUUAUUAUUAUUGGAAGUAUUGGUGCAGCAACUUGUAUAGGAUUAUCAACUCUAUCACCAAAUGUUGGAACAAUGAUGAUUAUUUAUGGUGUAUUUGGUGGUGUAUUUUUUGGCAUGGUUUAUCUUCCAUCAGUUGUAAUGGUUUCAUUUUAUUUUGAUAGCAAACGUGCUAUUGCUAAUGGAUUAGUAACAGCUGGUACUGGUAUGGGUGCUUUAACAUUUGGUCCAUUAGCUGAUUAUUUAAUGGGAAAAUUAGGUUGGAAAGUUGGUCUACUUAUAUUUGCUGGUAUGAUGUUAACAUGUAUUCUAUUUGGAGCUAUAAUGAAACCAUUGAAACCACAAAGAAUACCUAUCGAACAAAGUGAAACACAAUCACAAGAAUUCAUAGAUAUCAUAUCGGAUCCUUUAACAUCAUCAUCCUCUUGUGAAGAAGCAACAACAAAUGAAAUAAAUUUGCCAUUAAUUUCAGCAAAUGAUAAUGCAACACUUAAGACUAAUUCAUCUACUGUACAUAAUAUUGAAGCUUGUGGUAUUUCAUCUUUAGCUGUACCAUCUUCACAGAUUCGUGUACGUACAAUAUCAACAUCGAGUCGAGCAUCAUCGACUACAAGUGCUGGUCAUCGUUUAGGUGUUCUUAAUCCAGAGCAUGCAGCUCGACCAUUAUAUAAAAAAGAUGCACUAUUUACUGGAUCAAGACUACAACUUCAUGCAUCACAUCUAUCAUUACAUAGUAAUCCAUAUAUGGCAUCAAUAACAAAUAUUCCUGCAGCAAUAAAUGAAAUAAAUAAAAAACAAACAGCAUCUCGAGCAUUUGUUGAUAUUCUUUCAACAAUGAUUGAUUUUUCAAUAUUAAAAAAUAAACAAAUGUUAUUAAUUUGUAUUGGAAAUAUAUUUUCUAUGCUUGGAUAUUUUUUACCAAUAAUGUGUCUUGUUUCAUUUGCAACUGAAGAUCUUAAAGUUAAUCAAACACAUGCUUCAUUUUUAUUAACAAUAUUUGGUUUCUUCAAUACAUUAGGUCGAUUUGCUGGAGGACUUAUUACUAUGAUUCCUCAUUUCAGUGCUUUACAUGUUCAUAAUGUACUUUUAUAUACAGCUGGUGUUUUAACUGUUAUAGCUUCUUAUGCAUAUAAUUUCACAACUUGUGCAAUUUAUGCUGGUUUAUGUGGUUUUGCUAUUGCACCUCAUAUGUCACUUUUACCAAGUAUAAUAUGUGAUUGUGUUGGUCUUGAUAGAUAUACAACAGCUUUUGGUAUUCUAUUUCUCUUUCGUGGUGUUACAUCAAUAAUUGGACCACCUGCUGCAGGUUUUCUUAAAGAUUACACUAAACAAUAUUCAUUAGCAUUUGCUGUUGGUGGUGCAAUGAUCAUAAUUGGAGCCUUCUUUCAUGUUGCUUUGUCAUAUUUUGAACCUGAACUUAUAAAAGACAAAGAAGCAGAAGAUGAACACGAAGAAGUUGUUUAA